CUUACAUCCUUCCUCCAAUCAGUAUUGAGUGAUAUUACAGCUGGUGCCGGUUCCGUCCUAGGAGACGCUACAUCACUAUUCGGAGAUGCUACAUCCAUUGCUCCAGGGGUAUUCGAAACUGUCACUUCUGAGGCCGGAUCUAUUUUCACAAUCGUUACCAGCGAAGGCGGAGAUGCCAUAACUCUAGCUGAGAGUGCAGGAGGCCAAGCUACUUCAUUUGCUGGGCAUGAAUUCACUGUUGCGAGCAAUGCGGUCAUUGGUAGUGCUACGACUUCUGCCACUGCUACAUCGACGGGCUCAAGUAAUAGUGCUUCUUCCUUGUUGGGCGUUGCUGGUCCAGGGUGGAUAGCAAGCUUUGCAGUAGCUGCGGGGGGAGUGCUAGUCGGCGGUUUGAUGAUAGUGUAA